AUGCCGGUGUGGAAGAUCUCUGCCACCUUGUUCACUGGGACUAUGGUGGUAGCCCUCGUAAUCCUGACAGUCAGCUUUGACACGAGGCACCUGGCUCAGAUAAACGUUUUCCACAGGGUCAGCCACGAUCUCCACACGUCGCAGAGGCUGGUCAGCAAAAACUGGACCACAGUGGGUACUAAGUUGGCGGUGGAUCCUGUGUUGGCAGUGGACCGGUUUGGGCGCUCACAGUGGAAAGGUUCAGAAGUUCGACCUCUACAGACGAACAAGUCAGAUGAAAAGCAGUCGCCCAGAUCCUGUCAACCCAAAACGAACGUGAUGUUCCUGAAAACCCACAAAACCGCCAGCAGCACCAUCCUGAACCUGCUCUGCCGAUUUGGGGACAAACACAACUUGACCUUUGCCCUGCCUACUAAUUACCGGUUUGGCUAUCCUGAAUUUUUCAGUUCACGCAGCAUCAAGGGCUUCUCACAGCAGAAUGGACGACUCUACAACAUCAUGUGCCACCAUAUGAGGUUCAGGCGACUCGAGGUUCAGAAAGUGAUGCCAGCAGACACCUUCUACUUUACCAUUCUGCGCAACCCAGUCACACUGGCGGAGUCCUCCUACACCUACAAUACAUUUCUGGUACCGUCCUUCCAUCGUUCUGCCAGCUUUGUAAACUUUAUUGCCAAUCCCUGGAAGUACUACCAACCAAAGCUACAGAAUAGCUACUUGGCUCGAAACCUGCUUUGGUUUGACUUUGGCUUUGACCACAAUGCUAACUUCUCACUCCAGGAGGCCCAGAUUGGGGUGGCAGAAAUCCAGCAAUCUUUUAGUCUCAUCCUUCUAGCGGACUACUUUGAUCAGUCAAUGGUCCUCCUCCGGGAUGCUCUCUGUUGGUCUCUGGAUGACAUGAUCACGUUCAGGCUCAAUUCCCGCAGUACUGUUGCUCGAAAGCACCUAUCCCGAGCACAGGAAGAUCAAGUAAAGCAGUGGAAUGCUAUGGACUGGUACUUAUACCAACAUUUCAAUAAAACCUUCUGGCAAAGGGUGGAGAGUUUUGGGAAAAGUAGGAUGGACCAGGAGGUUGCCAGCCUUCAGGCCCGGCGAAAGGAACUAGAGAACCUCUGUAUUUUGCAGGUAAGGAAUGGAGAACAAAACAAGUAUGGCCAAGCCAGGAUCCUGGGAUACGAUCUGAAUUUAAACCUCAGCCUUCCAGACAAAGAACGUUGCUUGCGGAUGAUCCUGACCGAACUUCAGUAUACAGAUUUGCUGGACAAAAAACAGUUUCCAAGGACAGGAAGUGUGCCAAAGCAACUUGUAGCCAAAAGGAGUUGGCAGGCUCCAAUUCAAGGUUUAGGAGUCAAUAAAAGGAGCCAUGUCAUCUGGCCACUGGGCAGGUUCAAGAAGAAGCUCCUUAGAGGCCAAGGACAGCACACUCCUCAUUAG